UUUUUGAAAAUGUCUAUUUUAUUAGAGUAAAAUAAAUGUUGCCACCGACCACCAGUCAAUGAAACUCAUAGGGGUAAAGUUGUUUGAGUUUCUGAAUAAAAUGGCUGGAUCACCACCUCAACAUGCAGUCACGUUCACCAAAGUCCUGCUGAUGACAUAAUUAUUUCAUUGAGGCAUGUUGAAGCAGAGAUGCAUCUAAAAGUUCCAGGUCCCCAGCCCUGAAGGACUGGAGAACACUUAGAAAGAUUACGAGAUUCCUCUACAAAACAUAUGCUUUAAGAAAUGCAAUAAACUAAAUUAUGAAUAAUAAAGUUCUUCUUCUUUUUCUAAGCAAAAUUCUAAAGUGAAAUACUCUUCAAUACUCAAAAGUAAAACACAAUAAUGACAAAUAAGAAACUUGUCAUAAUAUGUAACAAAAAAGUGACAUUUCUGUUUCUUAAAUAUGUCCAGGAAAUGAUAAAAAUCAGCUUGAAGGAAACGGAAAUGUCACAGCAGAAGUGAGAAGAGCAAGAAUCAUGAACAAGUGAAAACAGAAUCCUUCAUGAAGAGAAAAAAACAUUUUAAAAUUUAUUGCUGUGAAGAAAAUUGUGCUGAGAAUUUCUAAAGGACAAAAUAAGUAUAAAUAAAAUAAAAAUUCUUUUUACUUGUUACAUUGUGCUCCUUAUGCCCAAUCACUUACAGGAGCACUUAAACACCUUUUGGUGUGAUUUAGCUUUUAGAUUUAGUAGAAAUUCAUUAGCAUGCACAAAACACUAUAUUAUCAUGGAAAAGGUCAAGGCAACCUGCGUAUUGCCAGCGUGUCAUAAGGUUUCAAAACGGAUAAACUUGACAUUGUGCAAAAUGUUCAAGUCUUUCAGAUUCACAGAUUCGCUAUGUAAUCACGCUGUUAAACUCUCAUUGGACAAAAUUGUGUAAUGACUCAUGUGCAAUUGUACUGAUGGGUGUGUACAUCUCUGAAUGUGUGUGUUGGAGUUGCUAAAGGUACCCUUAAAUGCAGCCGCAGCUUCAUAACUUUCUGUUAAAGAGUCAGGGAGGAACUCCAACAAACCAAUCAACCAUUUAAUUUACUAUGGAGUCAGAAUUUUCCAACAGUUUUGACACUUUUAACUUCUCUGAAGAUAUCUACCGUGACCUCUUUGAGGGGAAUUUCACAGAGUUCAACUUACUUCCUGAAAUUCAACCCAUACAGAUAGUGUCUCUGGUUCUCUACGCCCUGGUGGCCCUGCUUGGAGUACCUGGUAAUGCUCUGGUUUUGUGGGUGACUGGUUUUUGCAUGAACCGCUCAGUCACCUCUAUAUGGUUCCUGAAUCUGGCGCUGACCGAUCUUCUGUGCUGCCUGUCUCUCCCUCUGCUCAUGGUGCCCCUGGCACAUGAUGACCACUGGCACUUCGGCCCACUAGCCUGCACUCUAGUGAAAGGCCUUUUCUAUUUGGUGAUGUACUGUAGCGUUCUGCAGCUGGUUCUGAUCAGUGUGGAUCGUCUGUUGCUUGUUAAAAAAGCCGUAUGGUGCCAGAACCACAGGCGACCCAAGCAAGCUGCAUGGGCAUGUGUGGCUGUGUGGUGCUUGGCUCUGCUAGGCAGCAUCCCUCAGUUUGUUAAUGCCCGGCAGAUCGAAAAAGGGAAAUAUAAGAGGGAAUGUAUCCUCGUAUACUCCAGAGAAAGUGUUUGGCCCAUCGCAUCCUUUCGGUUUGUGAUGGGAUUCAUCCUCCCCUUCUUUGUCAUUGUCAUCUGUCACCUGGUUGUCUACAACACCACCCAGAGGGGAAUGUCACGUGUUCGAGCCAGAUCCAAACGAACCCUGAGAGUCAUUGUCGUUGUGGUGCUGAGCUUCUUCUUUUGCUGGCUCCCCCUGCACAUCAUGGACAUUAUCGAACUGGCCACCCCUCUGAGUUCUCCCCACAGUCCAAGAAUCUACCUGGCUCAGGUGCUGACCAUCUGCCUGGCAUACUUCAACAGCUGCCUCAACCCUCUGAUCUAUGUGUGCAUAGGGCGAAGUUUCAAAGACAGCAUGAACCGCUCGCUGCGUCACAUCUUCCACUUCGCUACUGAGGACCCAGCCUCAAAGGGGAGUAUAAACAACGACACCAAGAGCACCACCAACGAAAGAGUGAUGACCAAAAUCUGAGGGAUUUGUGUUUACAACCAACGUAGUCUAAUUCCAAUGGAGAAAAUAUGUGAAUGUGUUAGGAAAAUUAUUAUCUUAGUUCAUUUACUUUUAUAUUGGAUGGUUAUGUUUUCAUAUUAUUCCGUGUGUUGUUUUCUUUCCCUUUCUUUUAUAGUAUAUUCUCAACUGUCUUUUAGAGUGUUCUCUUGAAGGCUGGAAAUGUCUCACCCAUUUCUGUGUUAACGAGCCACAUUGAUCUUUGUCUGUGUCCUGAGAGUGGUCAUCCUUGUGUCCCAACAAUGGGACAUCAAGGAUCCUGAGAGUGGUCAUCCUUGUGUCCCAAGGAUGGGACAUCAACGGAAGACUUCCAGAACAUCUUGUAGGAUAGUGUAUUGGUCAAUUGUUUGCAUGUCUGAGUGAGAAAGCCAACCUCUUUGUGUAUUCACAUAAUAAUAAAAGGCAGUUGGGGACUGAGAACAGACGGAGUUGACCUCAGACAGCGUUUGGCAGCGGUUCUCUCCGGGUCGAGCUCUUCUCCCCUUUUCUGCGGAAAAGUAAUUUGUGUCUUUGGUUGAUUCUUGCAGGUUGGGGAACAAAAUAAACCCAACAGAAUGUUACCUCUGUGCAAGUUUCUUUGCCAUAAACUUAAAUUCAGUUUAGAGUCAACUCUGAAAUUUAUCUCAUGUUAGUUUCUCAAACAGACCAUGUAAAACAGAAUAGCUGACCUCUGCAAAAGGAGCUGUUGAGUUGGGCUCCCCAUUGUUGCUAAUCAGGAUGUCUUGCACAAUCUGUGACAGUUUCUUUUCAUACUUCUUCUUUUAUAGAAAAACAUGUUUUAUUUUUGGUAUUUUGCCUUGCUUUCACAUAUUACACUGCUAUCAGAGUAAUGUUUAAAAAAUAUUAUAUUCUGCAUGACAUAAAUCUCCCAGUAGCGUUUGUUCUUCUGGGAGUACAAACUCCCAGUAAUUUGUAAUGGGCAGUUGUAUUAUUUAAGUUGGUCUGUUCCAGUUACAGACCACAAGAGGGAGACAUUUUCUAAACAUCUGAAGAUAAAAAGGGUACGUUGCUUGUAUUGUAUUUUAUUUAAUAAAAUGUAGCGUGGAUAAAAUGGAUUCUUUUAAAAUAUUUUUAAAGGGUUAAUAGGUGUUCUAUUAAAAUUGUGUUUUUUCUGUUUGACGUUUAUAUAAAGACAGUUUUAUAAGAUUUACAGUCCAGGUUUUCAAAUAUUGCAUAUGUGUAUAAUAUGUAAAUAUACAUGUAUUUUGUUUAACACUGUCACUGAAAUAUUUGGACAUGUAAGUAAUAAUAGUCUUAUUCAAAAAUAAGACUACUUAUUCAAGUCCUUAAAUAUUUACUCG